UUUCCAAAGAGAAGACGAAAUAGAAGAGAAGCUAGAACAGAAAUAGAACGUCACAAGGAAGAGAGACAAGUUUAGGCUGUUUUGCAAACUUUGAGCUAGAGAUAUAUAAUUAUAUUUAAGCAGGGGAGUGGUGCCAGGGAUCAGAUGGAGGAGGCCGGGCUGUGCAACAGCAGAGUGGGAGCUAAGUGCGGAAGGUGGAAUCCGACGGCUGAGCAAGUGAAGGUGCUGACGGAUCUCUUUAGCGCGGGGCUGCGAACCCCAAGCACUGAGCAAAUUCAGAAGAUCUCCUCCCACCUCAGUUCCUUUGGCAAGAUUGAGAACAAGAACGUCUUCUAUUGGUUCCAAAACCACAAGGCCCGUGAACGACACCACCACUAUAACAAGAAGCGCCGCCGCCCUCCACCAGCUCCGACGUCACCAGUGCAUACAGAUCUUUUCGUUUUAGAUCACUCGGACCGCAGGGAGUUCCAAAUAACUAAACUGCCAGGUAUCUGGAACGAAGCAGAGGAGAUGAAGAGAGGAAAGAAGAAGACGCUUGAGUUGUUUCCCUUGACUUCUAACGAUGAUUACGACGUUGUGGAAGCGGAUCAGUACAAGUUGGUCAGGAACUCUCCUCUGAGAAAUAACAUGGUAGGAGAGCUGAACUUAUUCGAUGCUGUAAUAGAGCCGCCAUUGGACCUCUCCUUGGGCUUCUUCUAA